AUGGCUCUCGCGCGCGCGGCGCGAAUCAUCCUGGUCGGCGCACCCGGCGUAGGCAAAGGCACCCAAACGGAACGUCUGAUGAAACAAUUCUCUGAGCUGUCUUCCAUCAGUUCGGGCGAUCUGUUGAGAAAAAAUGUUCGGGAAAGGACUCCUCUCGGUAUCCAAGCCGAAGCCAAGAUGAAGGCAGGCGCACUGGUCCCCGAUACCAUGAUUCUGCGGCUCAUCAUCAACGAGCUCACAACGCGGGGCUGGAUCCAAGACAGUAAUCUUCGGCCUUACCACGUCUAUUCAAGCUCGACGACCAUGGAUAGCGAAGACACUGUCGAUUCCGUCAUGAUCCCUUCCGAUUUGAGAUCUUCCAGAUACACCUACUCGGAUAGCCCGUCGGCGUCAUUCAUUCUCGAUGGGUUCCCGCGAACAGCAACGCAGGCGGUCCAGAUCGACGACAUUGUCCCCAUCAACAUGGUGGUCAAUUUCCAGACACCGAGUGAAAUCAUCAUCGACAGAAUCUGCAAUAGAUGGGUGCAUGCUCCUUCGGGGCGAGUCUACAACACAACAUUUAACCCACCCCGAGUUGCAGGCAAGGAUGACUUGACCGGAGAACCCCUGACACGACGUGAAGACGAUGACCCAGAAGUGUGGAAGGAGAGGUUGAAAAGGUUUCAAGAAACGAACUCGUCCCUUCUUGAGCAUUAUGAUAAACUUGGCGUACUGUGGACCGUCAAUGGGAACAGCAGCGAUGAAAUCACGCCUCAGCUGUUCAAAGAGUUUAGCAAGCGCUUCGGCGGUGCAGAUGGCCUUUAG